AUGGAGAGUGCGUUCGGAGGGAGAGGCACUCCGCCCCACAGUCCGCCCUCCUCUAAUCAGGUUUGGUUCCAAAACCGUCGCGCCAAGUAUCGCAAACAAGAGAAGCAGCUGCAGAAAGCUCUUGCGCCGGCUGUGCUUCCGGGCUGCAAUGGGAUGAUGAGGAACAUCCAGGGAUACCGUGGCUACCAACCCUAUCCGCAUCCCAACACCAUCAACCGAUACCCACAGCAUCACGGCAGCUACGAAGAGUUGCAGAAGGAUAUCUUCUCGCUGUCACAAAUGGGCGGCGGCUCAUACCCGAUGCCCCAGGGCUUCUCCAUGGGCCACGGGGCCAACAUGUCUGCCGUCGGGAUGCGGCAAGAUGCUAUGGGGAUGAGCGCGGAGGACGAAUGGUACAACAAAUCGCUAUCCGCGCUCCGGAUGAAUAGCGGCCACCACGCGAACCUAGCCGCGGCGCCAAUGCUUCAGUACCAGACC